AUGAAUAAUAAUUAAUUCUAAACCAGAUAGUGGGAAUAAUAAUAUGCCAAACAUAAAAAGUCAGUUGAAUCAAUUGAGCAUAGAAAUAACAAAUUUCCUGAUCAAGUUGAAGAAAUUUUAUAAAGAUGUAAAAAUAUAACUUACUAAUCAAGAAAAGGAAGCAAAUAAAAAAGUUUAAAAUAGUUAGAAUUUCAAAUAAAAAGAAGUACUUUCAAGAAUUACAGCUUCUAAUUUGAUACUCUCAAAGAAACUUUAACAAAUAGAAAAUAGAAAGCAAAUAAAGUUUAUGUAAAAUCAAUUAUAUAAAUUAAGUGAUGCUCCAAUACGUUUGUCAACUAAAUCACUUAGAGAUGAAAAUUAUAAUAAAAUUAAAGUAGAAAAUCAUAAGCAAUUUGAAAGAAUAACUUAAGUUAAAGGUACACUAUAAAAUUAAUGA